AUGGAGGCCGAGAUGAUCAAGGGCGGAGGAAAAGAACACAUUGAAGAAAUCGUACUGACCCGUCUGACCGAGGAAGAUUUAUGGAAGCUGUCGCAGGAGUCGCUGACCGUUUGGUCGUGGACCGGCUUCCGUCUGGGCCUCAUUAUGUUUGUGCAAGGCUGCAACCAAGCGGGCUUUGGUAUCGACUGGGGCGUGAUCAGUGGUAUCAACGCAUUGCACCCUUGGCAUGACUACUUUGGCUUCGGGACCACCGGAGGUACAUACGGUCUUAUCAAUGCCCUCAUGAGCAUCGGCACUGUCUGUGGUGCCCCGUUUAUGGCCCUCGCGGAUGUGAUCGGUCGUCGCGGUAUCAACUUUCUGGGAAAUGCCAUUGUCAUCUUUGCGGCUCUCUUGCAGGGCUGCGCCAUCAACCUGCCGAUGUUCAUGGCAGGUCGCUUUUUCAUGGGAUUCGGCACUGCUCUCAUGUCUAGUUCCCAUCUUGUCAUGCUGGGAGCCAUGAUUGGGCUGUCCAAUCUCCCUGGGAACGACUGCUGGCGGAUUCCUUUGAUUCUCGAGGCUGUGUUCCCUACGAUUGUCUGCCUGACGAUCUACUUCUUGACCCCUGAGUCACCUCGAUACUAUGUUAUGAGGGGCCAGCGUGAAAAGGCCAAAGAAGUCGUCGCUAAACACCACACUACCUCCACGGAUAUCAACCAGCCCAUUGUUGAGAUCAUGGUAACUCAAAUGGAGGAAUCGCUCGAGAGCGACCGAGAUGGGAUUCGUUCUUUCUGGGAUUACCGAAUUUUCUUCACCAAAACCGCUCGCUAUCGUCUGCUGGUUCUGGUGCUUUAUUCUAUCUUCCAGCAAUGGAAUGGAGGAAGUAUCAUUACGUACUACAUGGUGGCAGCACUGGAGACUGUCGGUAUUGACGGUACUAAGCAACAGCUGGGUGUCACUAUUGGCACUACGGCUGUUUACUUUGUUUUCACAGCUUUCGGCUCGCUUCUUGUCGAUAAGUUCCGCAGACGAACCCUGAUUUUUGCAGGUCUAAUCAGCAUGAUCAUUUUCCAGACCGCUACUACCAUCACGUCCUGGCAGUAUAGUCUCCACGCCAGUCACGCUGCUGCUGCACUCACGCUCCUCUGGAUCUUUCUGUACCAGACGUUCUCCGCAACGCUGAUUGCAACCAUGCACAAUCUUUACCCGGUGGAGAUCCUCUCAUUGCCACUUCGUGCGAAGGGGAUGGGUCUGUACAGUCUGAUCCAGGGCGGUGCAAGUGCAGUGCAGACGUAUGGUAUCGGUAUCGGUAUCGGUAAAGUCGGAUACAAGAUAUGGGUGGUGUACAUCGCAUAUAACACCGUCCAGCUGAUCCUAUCCUAUUUCAUCUUCCCGGAAACCAGUGCUCUCAGUCUGGAAGAGAUCGAUAGCGUGUUUGGAACACCUGGUGUUGCGCCCGUCAAAAUGUCCCUGGAUAUUCAAAAGGCCAAGAAGGAGCGAGCGGCAGCAAGACGGGAUGAGGAGUCUUGGUCCCUGCGUUGA